GGGAUUGGUGGAUACGAGGCAAAUGCUCCGCUUAUCUGGGGUGCAGAUGAACAACCAAGCUCUCGUGGCGGUCAAUCCGUAGCAUCAUUGCACGUUUCCUAGAUUCAAGGCCUUGGGGUUGGGUCCAUGGGAUAGGGAAAUGCACUAACGGAUUUCUUCAUAAGCUGAUGAAGACCUGUACAUCAACUCCACCACGCAGGAAAAGACAUCGAACCUUCUCAGGACCACAAGAAAUCCAUCGAUAUGAAGUUCUCAUCCACUCUCGCCGUUGCUGCUGCUGCCUCAUCCGCCUCUGCACACACCAUCUUCCUCUCCCUGAACGGUGGCGCAGUUGGUGACGGUGUCCGCGUCCCUUCUUACGAUGGCCCUAUCCAAGAUGUGACUUCCAACGACAUAGUCUGCAACGGCGGCCCCAACCCCACGCAAAAAACCAACACCGUCAUUACCGUACAGGCCGGCUCACAGGCUACUCUCACAUGGCGUCACACCCUCACUUCCGGACCGGGCGACGUCAUCGACGCAAGUCACAAAGGUCCCGUUAUGGCGUAUCUCAAGAAAGUCAGUGAUGCAAAGACGGACUCGGGUAUCGGGGGUGGGUGGUUCAAGAUUGCAGAAGACAGUUUCGACGGCACCAAAUGGGGCGUAGACCGCUUGAUCGCCAACCAAGGCGUGCAGACCAUUACGAUUCCCAAGUGCAUCGCGCCUGGGCAGUAUCUUCUCCGCGGCGAGUUGAUCGCAUUGCAUGCUGCGUCGAGCCAGAAGGGUGCGCAGUUCUACAUGGAGUGUGCGCAGAUCAACAUUGUUGGCGCAUCUGCAGAUAAGACGCCUGCUACUGUGUCCUUGCCUGGGGCUUACGCGGCUACUGACCCGGGCAUCUUGUACAACCUGUACAAUGGCCAGAAGACGUAUACUGCGCCAGGACCAAGUGUGUUCAAAUGCUGAGCAAGAGCUGGCGUGAGAGAUGUUGGCGACGGAACGUUAACAGAGGACUAUGGAUAGCUUCUUGUAUAUUCUUCUUCUAUACUUUUUAGAACUGCGGCAUCGAGCAUGUAAAUUUCAAAAACUCAUGAG